AUGGAGCAGUAUUUCCGCAGCUUGAUAAUAGUUGUAGCAAUCAUCACGGGGGUGUCAGAAGUUCACUCAUCACUAUUAACAUCAGAAGUAUUUUCUCUAAUACGCGAUGUAAUUGAUCGAAUAUUGCAAGAUUCUUCUCAACCUCAUGAUAUUCUUUGCGUGGAGUGCUCUGGAAAUGUGUUUGACGAUGCCAUAGUUCGUUUACAGGUGGCGCGACCAUAUUUAGUUUUUACACAUGAAAAAAACAUAUCUCUUGCUGUGAAGUUCCAUGACAAUUUCUCUGGAAAAAAACGCGAAAAUUCAAUGGUGAUUCAAGUUUGCUUGCAAGGUUUGCAGUGCGGUUGGGGUCAGAUGUUACUCUUCCAAAACCCCAAUAAGUAUGCAAUUUUCGUUCAGCUGUUUCAUGGUGUAGCACACACUCAGAUAAUUCAGUUGGCAAAUGAGUUGGUAAACUAUGGUAUACUAAAGGUUUUGCAAUUCGUUGCCUCCCCAGUUGAUGACGGCCAAGCUAGUAUCUACAUAUCAAGCUCCAUAACACGUCAGUGGAAUCAUGUGGGUAACAAUAGUAAUGCGGUGGAUAUUUUAUUUGGCAAGCGUUUAACCAGCUUUAAAGGGUACAUGUACGAAGUAGGUUAUGUUCCCAUCAUGGUGAACACGUACAUGAAGAACAAGGAAUUUCACAGCCUAGACAUAGAGUUUUUUAAAAUAAUACUCCGCCGCCAGGGUGCACGUUUUCGAUUCCAUCCCGAAAACCUACUUCAACCACUGAUAUCAAAGUUAAUUACUGGUCAAAUUGAUGUACUCCUUAACCCGGUGGAAAUGAAUGGCAAUUACUUUGAGAAGGCAUACUGGAACAACAAUCGGCAAUUUUGCGUAGUAUUGCCGCGGCGUUACGAAAGAAUGCACUUGCAGCUUCUUCUGACACCGUUCAAAUGGCAUAUUUGGUUGGUGAUCGUUUUGAUUUUGUUAGCAGUACAGCUUAGCAAUUUGCUAUGUCCUCGCUAUAUUCCGCGCUUGUUGAUUCUAAGAUGUUUUUUUGGAGGUGGCAGCCCGGAACAUACUCUUCCACUGGUUAGCAGGCUGACGGUUUGUGCGAUAUGCGUGCUUAUUUUUCUGCUCAGCGAAACAUACCAGGCGAUACUGUUGUCACUGAUGUCAGCAGAUCCCUUCGAGAAAAAUCCGGAAACCAUUGAGGAGUUCAUCGCUCUCAAUCAAACUAUAAUUUUGUUGAAAAAUGAGUUCAUUCAAUUCCCUAAAAUCUUACAAAAAUUGAUUGCCUCUAGAGAGAUCAUUUAUAUAGAUACGCUUUUGCACAAUGCGACCGUGUUAAAUUGCGAUACAGCAUAUUAUAUGAAUAGUAACUUGGCUUACGUACAUCUAGCUUCAAAACUCGAUUUGGUUGUGCUCAAACCGCCCAUAUAUUGGAAACUACAUUGGAUUGCCUUCAGCUGGAUGAGUCCGGCUGCGAGGGAGUUUCAACGGUACAUGCAUAUUUUGUUCGAUGUUGGCGUUUAUCAGAAGGUACAUCAAAGUUGGUUUCCAAAGAGGAUAUACAAAAAACGAGACCAAACAUUCAACGAUCUUAUUGUCUUGACGGAGGAUCUAGUGCCAGUUUGGGAGCUCCUGGGAACUGGUUUAUUCAUUGCAUUUUUAGCGUUUCUUGCUGAGUGGAUAACUUAUGCUGUAACUAUCUUUGCUUAUAAGAAAUAA